UAUGCUGUCAUUUGGUUAACAGGCAAAACACGUUUUAGUUCAUUCGUUCGGUUGUAUUUCUAUCGUAUUGUAAAAUAGUUAUACUUUAAAAUGGAUAGUUCAGAUAGCGAAAACGGAAAUUUAACUGAUAUGGAGCAAGAAGGACAGGUGGAAGCCUACUCCAGUUCAAAUGGACAGCAAAGCAAUAAUGAUAGUGGUCAAGACUCUGGUGGUGAGCAAAUGGUUGAAAAUGGUGAUUCGGCUGAAAAGUCUGCUACUUGGGAAGAUAUGGGUUUAAUCGAUACAUUAUGCAAGGCUUGUCGAUCAUUAAAGUGGAAAGUACCGUCUAAGAUUCAGCGAGAAGCGAUUCCACUCGCUUUGCAGGGAAAAGACAUCAUCGGACUGGCCGAGACUGGUUCCGGUAAAACUGGAGCGUUUGCAUUGCCCAUCUUGCAGGCAUUGCUAGAUAACCCUCAGCGUUAUUUCGCUGUUGUCCUAACGCCAACUCGCGAGUUGGCCUAUCAGAUUUCGGAACAGUUCGAGGCUCUGGGAGUAUCCAUUGGAGUCAAGUGCUGUGUAGUCGUCGGUGGAAUGGAUAUGGUUUCGCAAGCACUUCAGUUGGCGAGGAAGCCGCAUAUUAUUAUUGCUACCCCUGGUCGGUUGGUGGAUCAUCUGGAAAACACGAAAGGGUUCAAUCUGAAAGCAGUGAAAUACUUGGUAAUGGACGAAGCUGAUCGAAUUUUGAAUCUGGAUUUUGAAGUCGAGCUGGAAAAAAUUUUGAAGGUUAUUCCGCGGGAAAGGAGAACCUUCUUGUUCAGUGCCACAAUGACUAAAAAGGUGAAGAAGUUGGAAAGGGCAUCACUUCAAGAUCCUGUAAAAGUUGAAGUUUCGAACAAAUAUCAAACAGUGGAUAAGCUGUUGCAAUAUUAUAUUUUUAUUCCUGCUAAAUAUAAAGAUGUUUACUUGGUUCAUAUUUUGAACGAGCUAGCUGGGAAUAGUUUCAUGAUAUUUUGCAGUACAUGCAACAACACCGUUCGUACUGCGCUCAUGUUACGUGCCCUUGGUCUAGCCGCUGUGCCUUUGCACGGUCAAAUGUCACAAAACAAUCGACUGGCGGCUUUGAACAAGUUCAAAGGUAAAACCCGUCAGAUUCUCAUUUCAACGGACGUCGCUUCUCGUGGACUGGACAUACCCCAUGUGGAUGUGGUUUUGAACUUUGACAUUCCCACGCAUAGCAAAGAUUACAUCCAUCGGGUGGGUCGUACUGCACGUGCCGGACGGGCGGGAAAGGCGGUCACCUUCGUAACGCAGUACGAUGUGGAAUUGUACCAGCGGAUUGAGCAUUUGCUUGGCAAAAAACUACCGCAGUUCAAAUACGAGGAGGACGAGGUGAUGGCUCUGCAAGAACGAGUCAGUGAAGCUCAGCGAACGGCACGUCUCGAGCAGAAGGACAUUGAAGAUCGUAAGGGUAGCAAACGAAAAAAUCAUGCACGCGUUGGGGAGUCGGACGACGAUGAUACGGAGCAGUUUAAUGGAGCACGGAAGCGUAUCAAACAGGGUGGAAAAUGGAAGGGAAAGUUUAAAAAAUAAACCUCAAUAGUAGUGAUGACCUGUGGAAAGUA